AUGAUGUUUUUUGUUUUUGGCGAUCGUCAGAAUAUGUUUAAGACUAUUCUUUGUCUUAACUUUUGUCUUUCAUCAAGCGUUGCUUACGUUAAUUUAGCGCUUAGUAAACCAACAUACCAAUAUCCAGAAAGCGUCAAUUACAGCACAAAUUCAACCAAUGCUGUAGAUGGGCAGAAGUCGGAUUUAAACCUCUUUGGGGGGCAUUGCUCAAUUACUAAUAAAGGAAAAAACGCCACCUGGUGGGUUAAUCUUACCAGCAUUUACAGCAUUCAUGAUAUCCGGGUAUAUUACCGCAAUGAUUCAAACUGGGGAUUCAGGGCCAAAAUCCAGAGCUUGGAAUUUUCUCUUUACGUCUCAAACACAACCGAAAAAUCAGAUGGGGUUUUGUGUUAUACAGACCACAACUUUACUGUGGACGCUUUUCCAGAAGUCCUUGAUACCCCAUGUCCUGUGAAUGGACAAUACGUCAUUUAUUACAACGAGAGACUGCCCAAUAUUACCUACCCCUACCCUCACUUCUAUGAUUAUGUACGCAUCUUAUUUUGCGAAGUUGAAGUGUAUGGGUGCCCUGUACCUGGAUACAACGGUGAUGAUUGCUACAUUUCUUGUUCUGACCCCGAUUGUCGCAAAAGUCACGUCAAGACGGGCACCUGUCAGGGCUGUGAUUCGAGAUAUACAAAACAUCAAUAUGUAUUUGAUCCUAAAGAAUUGAUGAGUUGCAAAGAUGAACAAAUAUAUGGAAUAUUAUGGAAUACUACCAUGGCGGGAAUAACUUUAAAAGAGCCGUGUCCUAAAUAUCAAAAAGGGGUGGCAACAAGAUUGUGUGAUGAACAUGGAGAAUGGGAACCUCCUAACUUUAUCAACUGCACCUCCGAAGCUUUGAUGAAUGCAUCGGCACUUUUGGAACGUAUCAUCGAAAAUGAAACACAGGAUCAAAUCCAGGAGACGGUUAACAAUACUCUACGACUGAUGAAGAACUUGACAUCGAUGACUAGUAGAAUCAGUGCUGGGGAUUUAAGCUCCUCCCUGAGCGUUUUAGAGAAGAUUGUUACAGUAACUAACGCUACGGGAUUAGCUAUCGAAAAAGAGGUAUUUUACGCUGUUAUUGAUAACAUAUUGUCGUCCGAUAACUCAAACUCUUGGACUAUUGUAAGCAAAGAGGUAAAUUUACAUUAUGCAAUAUUGUAA